AUGAACAUCUCCGAUGAUGCAUACAAUGCGCUUAGAGCAUCUCUUCUUAAUGAAACAGGCAAAACACCCUUACAUGAGCGAUUCAGAGCCUUGUUUACUCUGAAGUCGCUGAAAAAUGAACGAUCUAUUCAGAUAAUUUCCGAAGGCUUUAAGGAUGAAUCAGCACUGCUGAAGCAUGAACUUGCGUACUGUCUUGGACAAAUACACGAUGAGAAGGCUUUGCCGGUCCUUCAGUCCGUGUUGAGAAAUAAAUCUGAAGACCCGAUGGUACGCCACGAAGCUGCUGAAGCAAUGGGAGCUAUCUCUUCGGCAUCUUCGAUACUAGUACUCCGCGAAUUCCUUGACGACUCCGAACGAACAGUACGAGAAACUUGCGAGAUCGCGAUUGCUCGGAUCGAAUGGGAACAAUCGGAAGAAGGAAGGCGGCACCUCGAAGCUCGAAAUAAAGAAGAGAAUCAGGUAUACACCUCCAUCGAUCCUGCGCCACCUAGUUCUGGGUUACUCUCGGGCAAACCAAGCCCGACAGGUGUACAGCCAGACGAUGUAAAAUCUUUAUGUGCCACUCUCCUUGAUAUCAAAGUUCCUUUGUUUGAACGAUACCGAGCAAUGUUCGCACUUCGGAAUAUCGGAACUCCAGAAGCUGUUGAUGCUCUCGCGGCUGGAUUCUCUGAUGAUAGUGCACUUUUCAAACACGAAAUUGCCUUUGUCUUCGGUCAGCUACUCUCAACGCACUCCGUUCCUGCACUUCUCAAAGUCCUCCAGGACUCAUCCGAAUCCGAUAUGGUCCGACACGAAGCAGCCGAAGCACUCGGCGGAAUUGCCACACCCGAGGUCCUACCUUACCUCAAAGAGUGGAUGGCGAGACCUGAUGCACCAAGAGUCGUAAGAGAAAGCUGUCAAGUGGCUAUUGAUAUGUGGGAGUACGAGAAUUCGGAUCAGUUCCAGUAUGCGGAUGGUCUGCAAACUUUGGGGCAGAUUCCCGCAACUACUCAGACUAUCACAGCUUAA